CUGACAGCAGACAUCAGCUGGAAUGUAUUUGCGGUAAGUUUCAGUUUAUUUCCCGGUUGAGAUUCAAGUACCUUACCGGUGACAGACCUCUAUUAAACGCAAAGCAUGGACUUAAAUGCGGAAUCUGUCAAGAGAGUCCUCUCUAAGUAUAAAUUUCAUGAUGUUGCGAUCGAAGAGCUACAGAAAGUGUCUCGCAUACAUCCUGAUAUGAAAAUAAAAGCUGGACCAUACACAUUUAGUGACAGUUCACAGAAAGAUUUGCUCAAACUGGUUGGAAACAUCCCAGUCGCAUACCAAGGGCACUCAUAUAAACUGCCCAUCCUUCUAUGGCUCUUGGAUUCCUUUCCCUUCACGCCGCCCAUCUGUUUCCUGCGACCCACUUCCAGCAUGGUGAUACGGGAGGGUAAACAUGUCGACUCAAAGGGUAGAAUACACCUGCCGAGCCUGCAUAACUGGGAUCACCCCAAGUCAACAGUCAACAGUCUUCUAGCAGAGAUGAUUGCUAGAUUUGAAGAGGAACCUCCACUGGGCACCAAAUCAUCCGGAUAUGGCGAAAGCCCCAACGAUCUACUGGCCUAUGUGUCUAAUCUCAAAGUGAAUGAAGGUGGAAAUCGGCCUGAUCAAGCAGUUAAAGUUUCUGUGAUUGGAGGGGGAGAUUUGGGAAUAGCUGCCGUGUUGAGUAUUAUGGCAAAAAGCUGUGUUGACAAACUGGUUUUGAUUGACAUCCCAGAGAGUUCAACCAAAGGCGGCACAAUGGAUCUGGAGAUUUUCAAUUUGCCAAAGGUUGAGGUUUCAAAAGACCUGUCGGCUUCUGCGGGUUCUAAGGUGGUGGUCAUCACAGCAAACGCCUGGAGUGAUGAGCAGUCGUAUGCAAGUGUAGUUCAGACUAACGUGGACAUGUACCGAAGGAUUAUCCCUCAUCUUGCCCAGCUGAGUCCAAAAGCUGUGCUGCUCAUCGCCUCUCAACCGGUGGACAUUAUGACACAUGUUGCCUGGAGACAGAGUCAUCUGCUGCCCACACAAGUAAUUGGUGUGGGCUGUAAUCUGGACUCCGAGAGACUGUCUCACAUCAUCAACAUUUCACUGGUGGCCAAUAACACGGGCAAAAAGGCAUGGGUCAUAGGAGAACUCUCAGAAAACAAGGUGGCAGUGUGGGGUAAUCUGGGACCAGGGACUGACCAGCUACAGGCAUUAACCCCAGUGUCCAACUCUACCAAACCUUUGAUGGACAGGGCAUUAGAGAUGCUGAAGGGUAAAGGUCAGAGGUCAUGGUCAGUUGGGUUGUCCAUUGCUGACAUCACUCACAGUAUCAUAACAGACCAAAAGAAAAUACACUCUGUCACAACACUGGCAGAGGGAUGGGGUGGAAUUGGUUCCAAGGUGUUCCUAAGCUUGCCGUGCAUCCUUGGAGAAAACGGCUCUACGCGAUUACCAGGAGUGGCUUUAGGUUCAGAGGACAAUGCCAAGCUGAGGGAGAGUACGGCCUCUCAGAUCAAUCUCUUUAUGCAAAUCAGAUUGUAGCUCCUGACUGAAUAUUACACCAGGGCCUUGACAAGUGCUUUUCAAGAUACACAGAACAUUUGUCCAGAAGGUAAAGAUGCAAUUUAGUCCUUCCUGCAACACUUACGAAGCGUAUAGUCUCAGAGCAAUCUGACAGCAAUAGCACUUUCUGAAGAUAUAUGUUCUUUGAAAGUAUGUCCUAUUCUAGAAAACGUAUAUUAAGAACUAGCUGUUCUAUUGUACUGUAAGCAUUUUGCAUUAUAUUAUUGUUUACCUUACUAACUAUGCAGUCCUUCAAUAUAACUUAUUGUUUAUCUGUGCAAAUAAUACAGUGGUGCUUCUCUGGGAGGUUAAAAAAUUGAAUUAUGGUUAGACAGGGAUUAUCAAAUUAAUCGCUUUAAGCAUCCUUGUUAAAUGCUAUACCAAUGAGGUGAAUCCAUCAUGUGGUUUUGCACUUAAAAGGCAUGUAUUCCUAAUGUGCCUUUUUGCAAGUGAAUGUAC